UGGAUUUGUGCCUAUGUUGACUAAAAUUGACGGAUAAUUGCAGUUGGAUUUUUUUUAUCAACCUUUUUUUUUUUUUUCCCCUCCCUCUCAUUUUGGUGUCAAGAUCAUGCGUUUUCUCUUGUUCUUAACCACCUGGAUUUCCAUCUGGAUGUUGCUGUGAUGAGUCUGAAAUACAAUUGGCAAAGACAUUGCCUAUUUGCAGCACAGAGACCCCAAUGGAGAGCUAGAUUGUUUGAACUCCAGACGGACCAACACCAGAUAAAUUAUGAAUGUUGAACAAGAUGACCUUACAUCCACAGCAGAUAAUGAUAGGUCCUAGGUUUAACAGGGCCCUAUUUGACCCCCUGCUUGUGGUGCUGCUGGCUCUUCAACUUCUUGUGGUGGCUGGUCUGGUGCGGGCUCAAACCUGCCCUUCCGUGUGCUCCUGCAGCAACCAGUUCAGCAAGGUGAUUUGUGUUCGUAAAAACCUGCGUGAGGUUCCAGAUGGCAUCUCCACCAACACGCGGCUGCUGAACCUUCAUGAGAACCAAAUCCAGAUCAUCAAAGUGAACAGCUUCAAGCACUUGAGGCACUUGGAAAUCCUCCAAUUGAGUAGGAACCAUAUUAGAACCAUUGAAAUUGGGGCCUUCAAUGGUCUGGCGAACCUCAACACUCUGGAACUCUUUGACAAUCGUCUUACUACCAUCCCGAAUGGAGCUUUUGUAUAUUUGUCUAAACUGAAGGAGCUCUGGUUGCGAAACAACCCCAUUGAAAGCAUCCCUUCUUAUGCUUUUAACAGAAUCCCUUCCUUGCGGCGACUAGACUUAGGGGAAUUGAAAAGGCUUUCAUAUAUCUCAGAAGGUGCCUUUGAAGGUCUGUCCAACUUGAGGUAUUUGAACCUGGCCAUGUGCAACCUCCGGGAAAUCCCUAACCUCACACCGCUCAUAAAACUGGAUGAGCUAGAUCUUUCUGGGAAUCACUUGUCCGCAAUCAGGCCUGGCUCUUUCCAGGGAUUGAUGCACCUUCAAAAACUGUGGAUGAUACAGUCCCAGAUUCAAGUGAUUGAACGGAAUGCCUUUGAUAACCUUCAGUCCCUAGUGGAGAUCAACCUGGCCCACAACAAUCUCACAUUACUGCCUCAUGACCUCUUUACACCCUUGCAUCAUCUAGAGAGGAUACACUUACAUCACAACCCUUGGAACUGUAACUGUGACAUACUGUGGCUCAGCUGGUGGAUAAAAGACAUGGCCCCCUCCAACACAGCUUGCUGCGCCCGGUGUAAUACUCCUCCCAAUCUGAAAGGGAGGUACAUUGGGGAGCUCGACCAGAAUUAUUUCACAUGCUAUGCUCCUGUGAUUGUGGAGCCCCCUGCAGACCUCAAUGUCACUGAAGGCAUGGCAGCUGAGCUAAAGUGUCGGGCCUCCACGUCCCUGACGUCCGUGUCUUGGAUUACUCCAAAUGGAACAGUCAUGACACACGGGGCGUACAAAGUACGGAUAGCUGUGCUCAGUGACGGUACAUUAAAUUUCACGAAUGUAACCGUUCAAGAUACAGGCAUGUAUACGUGUAUGGUGAGUAAUUCUGUUGGGAACACUACUGCUUCAGCCACCCUGAAUGUUACUGCAGCAACCACUACUCCCUUCUCUUACUUUUCAACUGUCACAGUAGAGACAAUGGAACCUUCUCAGGAUGAGGCACGGACCACAGACAACAAUGUGGGCCCCACUCCAGUGAUUGAUUGGGAGACCACUAAUGUGACCACCUCUCUCAUGCCACAGAGCACAAGGUCAACAGAAAAAACAUUCACCAUCCCAGUGACUGAUAUCAACAGUGGGAUCCCAGGAAUCGAUGAGGUCAUGAAGACUACCAAAAUCAUCAUUGGGUGUUUCGUGGCCAUCACACUCAUGGCGGCAGUGAUGCUGGUCAUCUUCUACAAGAUGAGAAAGCAGCACCAUAGGCAAAACCAUCAUGCUCCGACAAGGACUGUUGAAAUCAUUAAUGUGGAUGAUGAGAUCACAGGGGACACACCCAUGGAAAGCCACCUGCCCAUGCCUGCUAUCGAGCAUGAGCACCUAAACCACUAUAAUUCUUACAAAUCUCCCUUCAACCACACAACAACAGUGAACACAAUAAAUUCAAUACACAGUUCAGUGCAUGAACCGUUAUUGAUCCGAAUGAACUCUAAAGACAAUGUACAAGAGACUCAAAUCUAAAACAUUUACAGAGUUACAGAAAACAAACAAUCAAAAAAAAAAAAGAGACAGUUUAUUAAAAAUGACACAAAUGACUGGGCUA